ACCGACCGUGCUGCAUGACAUUUGAACGCACCAAUCAGCCGCUCUGGAGCUGAUUGACUCUACUUCCCUACACCGGAGCAGCUGACGGGGGGGUGUGAGGUGAAAGCGGACGGACGUUUCGGUCGAUCUCGAGCGGAUAUCUCUCCACGUCCUCCCGAGUCUGCGCCGGUCCGAUCGCGUGCGAGGGGACACUUCGGAUACACCGCGGGCUUCGGUCUAUUUCUCCCACCAACGCUCCCCGCCUCCGGCUCACGGUUGCCUGCUUCGCCGGGAGCGAUGGCCGGUGUUUUGGCGUGGUUUUGGAACGAGAGGUUCUGGCUCCCGCACAACGUGACCUGGGCUGACUUAAAGAACACGGACGAAGCCACGUUCCCGCAAGCGGAUGAUCUAUAUCUGGCGUGUCCUUUAGCCUUCUGCAUCUUCAUGAUCCGGCUGGUUUUCGAAAGAUGUAUAGCAAGACCAUGUGCCAUGGGACUGAAGAUCCAAACCAACGGGCCGCAAAAAGCCCAACCCCACGCCAUCCUGGAGAAGGUUUUCACUGCUAUAACCAAGCACCCAGAUGAGAAGAGACUGGAGGGCCUGUCCAAGCAGCUGGACUGGGACGUGCGGACCAUCCAGCGCUGGUUCAGACAACGUCGGAACCAGGAGAAGCCCAGCACGCUCGCCCGGUUCUGUGAAAGCAUGUGGAGAUUUACGUUCUAUCUAUACAUAUUUACCUAUGGAGUGCGUUUCCUUAAAAAGACUACAUGGCUUUGGAACACUAAAGAGUGCUGGUACAACUACCCAUACCAGCCGCUGACUGUGGACGUCCAUUACUACUAUAUACUGGAGCUGUCUUUCUACCUGUCAUUACUCUUUUCUCAAUUCACAGACAUCAGGAGGAAGGACUUCCUGAUCAUGUUCCUGCACCACGCUGCAACAAUCUCUCUCAUCACCUUUUCCUAUGUGAACAACAUGGCACGAGUGGGAACUCUGGUCAUGUGUCUCCACGACGCAGCAGACGUGCUGAUAGAGGCUGCCAAGAUGGCCAACUAUGCCAAAUGUCAAAAAUUGUGCAACCUCCUGUUUGCAAUGUUUGCAAUUCUCUUCGUAAGUUCCAGGCUGGGAGUUUAUCCUGUCUGGAUAUUAAAUACCACCUUCUUCGAGAGUUGGGAGAUCGUGGGGCCCUACCCGUCCUGGUGGGUCUUCAACCUUCUUCUGAUCCUGCUGCAGCUUCUUCACUCCUUCUGGUCCUACCUCAUAGUGAAGACGGCGUGCCGAGCCAUCUCCAAAGGGAAGGUGGGAAAAUGGAAUCCGUUGCAUGUGUCAAAAGAUGACCGCAGCGACAUUGAAUCUGGCUCUGAUGAGGACGACAGUCCCCCGACCAAUCACAAGCACCACAGCAGCACCACCACCAACGGCACCAACAAAAGUCACGGGACCAACGGCUACCUGACGGGGGCCCCGUAUCCCGACGAACACUGACUAACACAGGGGCCAUGCCACAGACACCACACGUCAGACUGUGUGGGUGUGCACUUGUGUGUGUGCGCUUAAGUGAGUGUGUGUGUGUGUGUCGUAGAGACAUGCACAUCGCCUGUCUGGUACUGGAAUUCUUUACAGACUAAUGUGAACGCAGUUUUCUUAUAAUUUGAUUCUUUCCUAAUUUCCGUGCACAAUUUAUUCACUUCCUCUAUAUACUUACAUGGAACUGCACUUAGUUAAACAUCAGAGCACUUCUACUGGUACAACCCACUCCGUUCAACCCACAAAUGGGAGCAUUCCACUUGAUGGUGUACGCAUGCUACUUUAACAUACAGUAGUCUGGCAUACUGGGGGUGAGUUUUUUCUUAUGUUUACGUCCUUCUAUGUUAUUUAUUCUUUUAUGAAUACGUUUGGAGAUUGUUGGACAUCUUUUUUUGCAUUGAUGCCGGUGUUGAGGGAAUUAUUAUUUUUUAAAUUAUUUGACACCGCCCAUCUGGACAAGUAUUUGCACAAUACUGAAGACCUGGGUUUAUUUUUAAUGCUACACCCCCAAAGAUAUGCCAAAAUGUGUGACGUUUACUCACAUUUUAAAACCCAUUCUCCACUCAAGCUGUAUAAGAUGUCAAUAACAGUGUUAUGUAUGUGCAUCAAAUAUGGCUGAAUAUAUUCCAUAUUACAUCAUUUUGUUAAGUAUUCUGAUACAUUUCCAGUAAGCAUUGCAUUAAAGGCCAUUGGUCCUCUCCGGAGGCGGACAUGAGUUCUUUGAGUUAUUCAAUAAAAAAAACUGACAAUUACAA